AUGAAUUAUAUUUGUCAUUAAUUUAUGCUAGCAUAAAAACGGUUAAUUUUCAUUGAAAUAAAAUAUUUAAAGAACAUCUCAACGAAAUUCCCAAAACAAUUAUACGAGUGAAACACUUAAGUCGUCUGAAAGCGAAAAAAAGAAGAAGAAGAUACUUGAAAACCCCCAAUAAAACGAAUAUAAACGUGAACUCCACACAAGCAUUGGCCAAUUUAAUUGACUGACAUUUUAUUGCUGGAAAUGAAUUUUCUAUUUACUGUGUGUGCUGCCUUCUUAACAUACUACCAUCAGAUAAACCAUUGUGAUGCCAUCGAAUUCGACUUGGACGCGUUCAUGAAAAAUUUUGAAAAAUCACAAUCGGAAUUGAAAUGGAUACGCGAUGAGAGCCAUAAGAGCGAAGGCAACGAAAUAGAAUUAGCAGAUUCGAAAGAGAGUAAUUUGGAUGACGAUGAUGAGAAUAGCGUCGACCAUUGGUACAAUAAAUACAGAAAAUGGGAAUGUUCAACGGACCAUGGAAAUAAAGAAUCAGUGCUAAAUGGUUAUUGUGGCGUCUACGAAGACAGCUACCCAAAACAAGAUCAAUUUUUCAAAUCGAACAACGUGAACCAUGUUUCCGCAAACAAUCCAAAAACCAACUUUAAAGACACAAAUUAUGAAUUGACCGGUACAGGUUUGCUUAGCAACAAUUUUGAUGCUUUCCAUGAAGAAGCAGAACCGGAAAAGUUUGAUUUGAAUGAUGAUAUGAAUUUGAGUCCGGAAGAAAAGCAAGACUUAGACGAAUACAAUGAGCAAAUGAUUCCGAAUCCGAAUUUCUACAAAAUAAACAAUGAGGUACAUCUGAAUGAUCAGCAAAUCAGCAAGGAUCACGACAGUCUGCUCAGUGAGCUAGGGUUUUCACCAAGCCUAUCGAAAUAUCCAUCGAGCGCAGAUGUCGUGUUUGAUCCUAUCGACAAUGAUUAUGGUAUGGACAACAGAGUUCAGGCCCAAGAUAUCAAAAAGAAGAGAAACACCCGAGAUUUCGAUAAAAUGACUAAAACCAAGGUCAAUAAAUCCUCCUAUACUGAUCUUAGUGAUCAAGACGACACAAGGAAAAAUAAUUUACAACACGAAGCUGAUUACAAACUAUCUAAAAGCGAACAAGAAUCACAAAAUAAGGCGGAAACGAAUACGUAUUUAGAAAGUCAACGUGAGCAUGGACAAAGUACUCAAAAUAAACCUGAGGAUCAAUUUCUAAAUGAAUUUAAUAAUGGAAAUGAACCACAAAAUGAAGUUCAAAGAAACUUGAAAAAUAUGCAUGCAAGUACUCACAAUGAACCAGAAGAUCAAUUUCAAAAUGAAUUUACAAAUGGAAAUGAACCGCAAAAUGAAAUUCAAAGAAACUUGAAAAAUACGCUUGCAAGUACUCACAAUGCACCUGAAGAUCAAUUUGAAAGCGAAUUCACAAAUGGGAAUGAACCGCAAAAUGAAAUUCAAAGUACCUUUAGAAAUACGCAUGCCAGCUACAAUAAUUUCAAAGAAACAUUAGAACCGAAACCCGAUCUCAAUAAAAACUUAAAGCACGUAGAGGCAACCAAUUCAAAAACCAACUCUUUCACGAAAAACCAAUUUCCGGAUUUAAAGUCACAGAAACAUCUUUCACGCCAAGGAAAGACUAAUCAACUGGCCAAUGAAAUUAAUUUGAAAAUCAGCAAUCGAAUGAUGUCGAAAGGAUUAGGACCUUCAUUACCCAGUCAAUCAGUGAAAUACAACGCGAAUGCAUAUCGUCACCCGUUGAAUGUUGACGUGGAAAAUCAACGUUGGAGAGAUAGACGCUAUGAAAACCGAAAUGACUUUACCGAUUACAUUGGAAAACAACGUCGUCUGUUGCAAUUUGACUACGAUGAUUCUGCUAAUUUCGAUCCGCAACAGGAGAAGAAUUUGACUCCGAAUGACAAUGAUAAACAAACAACAAGCAAUGGUCAAAUACCCAAUUCCUUGGUGCCGGAAGACAACAUAAAAGAAUUAGAAAUGGCCCCUGACAAUUCAACAAAUAUUCAGAUCGGAUCCAUAACAAACACUAAUCAAACUGAACCGAACAGCACUUUACAAACUGGUCAAAAGGAUUCUCUCAAGAUUCAAUUGGAAUCCAAUACUUCCAAUGCUACUAAAGAACCUGCAGUCGGUGAUCAUGGAAAAAUUGUAAAGAGAAGCGUUUCCUUUGGCAAAUCUAAUGUAGGCCAAGAAACCAAAAUCCAAGGCAUAUCAAAGAACUCAUCAAUUAGAGACCUUGUGUCAGGAAAGCUUCCCAAUCAGUUGAUUCAAGCGGUUUUUCAAUUAGUUAAGGAAAAUAGCCGCUUAAACAAAGCAAUAGGGUCGAAGUUGGACAUGAAAAUUUUGGACAAUCUCGAAUUAAAUUCCAUCAAUCUAUUCAAGUCGAAAGAAAAAACCGAAAAAAUGGUUAAGAAAUUAAUGACCUCAAUAACUGACCUCAUCGACGAACAGAUCACCCAUCAGACAUGCAUUUCAUUACCACCAGAUCUGCAAUCAUUUUAUGACAAAGUGUUGUAUGUUCGAUCCAUCAAUUCAAGAGUGAAUAAUAUGCGGAUACUGGAAAAAACCAAUGCAGUUCCGAACAAAAAUUCUACAAAACGGUUUGCCCGUAGUACCAUCCCUGAAAGUGAUAUUCACGAAAAGUAUAAAACGGUCGGAAAAUUGCUGAAACAAUUUGGACAUUUGAAGCUGCGAGAUCAAGUGAAAAUAUUCGAUAUCAAAGAGUUUUUGCAGAAUCAUAUGCAACUGCUGGACGAUUUAAAGACAUUAAACAGUGAAUUCGUUAGAAAAUCGAGAAGUGUUGACAGCAAAAAUAAGCUAGACCUGGAGAAAGGGGCCAGACAGAUUUCCAGACAAUAUGCGAACCUUCUGAAAACAACAAAGUUAAUUAAAGCGACCAGCUUAACCGACAUGGACAGAAUGGAUGUGAUCAGCACAUACUGAUGAAAUUGGUGAAGUCAAAUUUUUAUCUUUAAUCAAAUUUCGAUUUAUUUUAUUGAACUUUUACUUACCGUUAUACGACCAUAUCAUCGUUUCAUGUCUUGUUGGCGUGAAUAACUGCCAUGGUUUAAUAAGAAAACUCAUAUCA